AUGUCUAGGCUGGAAAUAUACUCACCAGAAGGCUUAAGAGUUGAUGGACGUCGCUGGAAUGAGCUUCGCCGCCUUGAGUGCUCUAUUAAUACACAUACAAGUGCGUCCGAUGGGUCAUCGUAUCUGGAACAGGGCAAUAACAAAAUUAUCACUUUGGUUAAUGGGCCCCAGGAGCCAAAAUUGCGCUCACAGAUGAGCAUACAGAAGGCCACGAUAUCAGUUGCCAUCAACAUUACUAGAUUUUCCAAAAUGGAAAGAAGUAAGACAAGCCAUAGAAACGAGAGAAGGGUUUUGGAAAUGCAAACGGCCCUGGUGCGUACAUUCGAGAAAAACGUCCAACUACAUCUCUACCCUCGUACUCAGAUUGACAUUCAAAUCCACGUACUACAGCAGGAUGGGGGCCUCAUGGGAAGUUUGAUAAAUGGGAUCACAUUGGCGUUGAUCGACGCGGGUAUCGCUAUGUAUGACUAUAUCAGUGGAGUCUCUGUGGGCCUUUACGAUACGACACCGCUUCUGGAUCUAAACUCGGUUGAAGAAAGCUCUAUGAGUAGCGUAACGCUUGGGGUGGUGGGAAAAUCUGAAAAGCUAUCACUGCUCCUAGUGGAAGACAAAAUUCCACUAGACCGGAUGGAGAGCGUACUUGCGAUUGGUAUCGCGGGGUCGCAUCGCAUUAGAGAACUCAUGGACCGAGAAUUGAGGAAACAUGGACGAAAGAGGCUCUCCAAUGUGUCGUCCAACAAUUGA